GACUUUCUUCCCUUGCUUCAUUCACAUUUCUUAACCAUCUUCACAAAAUCAAAAUGCCUAAACCAACUUCUGUUACUCUUUCCCUUGUUCUUCUCAUGCUUGGCUUCUUCAACUUAGGAGGGAAUUUCAAGAUGGCUAGUGGACAAAAAACUUGGUGCAUUGCGAAUCCUUCAACUGCAAGUGCUGAGCUAAUAGAGAAUCUAGACUAUGCCUGUAGCCAUGUGGGUUGUUCUCAGAUACAACAGGGAAGUGCCUGUUUUUAUCCAAACACUAAUCUCCACCAUGCCUCAUUUGCUAUGAACUUGUACUAUCAGCGCAUGGGCAGGCAUAGUCUAGAUUGUAACUUUACAAAUUCUGGACUAGUUUCUUUAACCGAUCCGAGCUAUCGGAGCUGCACUUAUGAGAGCGGAGGAGGAGCUGUAGUAGAAAAUGGGACAUCAGGAAACCAAACCUCGGAAACUUGGUGUGUGGCGAAUCCAGCAACAGAAAAUGAUAGGUUGCAGGAAAAUAUAAAUUUUGCUUGCAAUCAUGUGGACUGCAGCCCCAUAAGGGAUGGUGGAUCAUGCUUCAGGCCAGUAACUCUUAUGAACCAUGCUACUUUUGCCAUGAAUCUUUAUUAUCAGACCACAGGUAGAAGAAAUACAAGCUGUGAUUUCAAGGGUAGCGGUCUAAUUGUUAUCAGAAGACCAAGUCAUGACAAUUGUAGUUUUUGAGUACUCAGAAAUGCAAUUAGGAGGUGAAUUGAUAAUAAAGUGCAGAAGACAUUAUCUAGUCUGAUAAGAAAAAUUUUAUGGUUCGACUGCUGCAAAACGACAUUGUCUUUUAAUUCUAAUGAAUCAAUAAAAAUAAAUUAUGAGGAUUCUGUAGUAAGAAAUUAUUUUCUUUGUCUAAUUGAAAUAUUAGCAAUGUGGGAAAGAUUUUAUUUUUU